CAGGGGCGCGAGAGCAAGGGGCGAAGGGGACGCUUCGGUGUAAAGACUGAGAGUGUUGGCCGGAGGAGACCCACGAAGCAAAGGGGGGGGGGGACUUAAACCGGCACCGAGAUCUUAAUAUACGGGCCAUGAUUAGUCUGAGAUUAUAACCUGCGUUAAUCUUCAAAGGCAGACUUUAACCCGGCGAGUGUGGCUAUGGAAGUGGAGAACCAAAACGCGUUCACAUCCAGCUGUCCAUCUGAGAACGACAGCAUCUCCUCCCAUGAUGUGUUACCUCCGGAAAGCCACGUUGACAGCCAGAACCACCACACCUCCCGCCUCGGCACUGUUAUCCCAAAUCGGAUUUUUGUCGGGGGGAUUGACUACAAGGUUAAUGAAAGCGACCUGCGACAUUUCUUCUCUCAACACGGUGCAGUAAAAGAAGUGAAGAUUGUGAUAGAUCGUUCAGGAAUGUCAAAAGGAUAUGGGUUUGUUACAUUUGAGACCCAAGAAGAUGCACUGAAAGUCCUUCAUGAUGCAAACGGAAUCUGUUUGAAAGACAAGAAGCUCAGCAUCGGUCAGGCUGUCCGCAAGCAGCAAGCCUCAGGACAAAUUAGAAGUGUCCAUGUGGCCAGCCCUGACCUUGCCAUGCCUCUGCCAAUGUCCUGUGGGACCGUCUGCCUGACCACAUCCACAGGCUAUCCCUACAUCUACCACAACGAGGUGGCCUACUUCCACUGCCCCAACAUGAACCCUCCUGCCCAACACUGGCCUCCUGCUCCUCCAGUGAUACUCCCUCAGCCUCAUCAGCCUGUCUACCAGCCACCAGCCUAUAACCACUACCAGUGUGUCCCAAACCAGUAUCAGUGGACUGUCAUCCAGUCGCCGAUGCCCUCCAGUCCAGUAGUGUACUCCCAGCAGCCGGAAUAUCUGUACCAGUCCGCUGAUGGCGGCUCUGUCCUGCCGCCUCUGCCUGUCAUGGAGGACACCACACCAGAGUUUGUAGAGCCCACGGUGCAGCAGGUUUUCCCAGUGUAUCCGCAGAGAACAGAAGGAAUGGCACCCCUUGUUCUGCAACAUGACCCAGGAAAGAAUCCGAUGUUUCGACAAUCGCGGGUCCAUCUGAAGCCCAAGUACCGCCGAUACAUCCACUACAAGGACUAUCACUACCUGCCAGAAGCGACAGAGCCACCAGACGCCUCCAUGCUUCACAGUGCCCAACCUCUCAUGUAGGCUAAACCCACAGACAGAAUGUCAAGGGAGAACUCCCACACAGAGCACAACAACCUCUUGUCACUUCCUUCCUUCUCCAUGGAUUUAACACAUAUAUAAUCUAUAACAGUGCCUUACAACAUAAUGCAGUAUGUUUCAUCACGUGUGAUUUCAUAGCCUCCCCGUUGAGAUGAUCGUUUUUUCUGUUGCACUUGUUACCACCAACUCUCCACAGCCAAGGUAACCUCACUAAAGCCUCACUAAACUAGCAGCACUCAGAUCUGUACUGAUGAUUUAAUACGGUUGGAUGAUUGAAGUUGCUCUACGUUACACGGGCUCAUGUUGCAAGCUUUAAAUUACAGUAGGUACAGGGGUUGCACUUAAUUUCUUCUCAGUUUAACACAUUAACAUAACAGUGAUACAUGAGUUUUUCAGUAAAUCAAUCAUUUUGUUGUGAUAACGCAAUAACUUGGGGAUGACUGAACAAUGCCUAUUGAGUUUCAGAAAAAUUCAGAUUUCAAGGUUCCAUAUUAUUGAAGUACAAUGAAUGUCCAAGUUCUUCAAAUUCAGAUUUAAUGAUCUGUGACACAGUCAGGAGAUGACAACAGCCCUAACCUGUUGUGGAAUCUCUUUCCUUUUCCCAAAAAUAUCAAAAAUGGAAUUUGAUCGUGAAAAGCUGAAAUUUAAAUACAUUAUGCCACCGAAAUUUCUUGAAUUCUUUUGUUUAUCUUAUUUUAAAAAAAAAUUAAACUCAAGUAAGAUGUAAACCUUCCCAAUGUACAAUAUUGAAAAUAAAUUUCUAAAUAUUUAAAACAUAAACAAAAACAAUCUGAACAAUACUUUUUUCCAUUUUGAUCUUAACAUAACUUGAACCCUCUUCUUUUAUGUAUUUUUCUUUUUCAGUACAUUGUCGCAACAGUAGAAAUCUCCUCCUAGCUACAUAUACACAAGCACCAUGAUGUAGCUGAGAAUAUCAAAGAUCUUUUUUUAUUUCUUACCAAGGAGCAAUGCUGUACAUCCUCUAUGGAUCAGUGAUCACACGUAUUUGGAAGGUUAUUAAAAAGGCGUUGAUUUUAUAUCACGGUAUAGUUGUUGUUUAAGGCUCACUAGGUCAAUCCCAAAAGUAUUAGCAUGCUCUGAAUGGGCCUCAUUUGGUGACGGGAUGUCUGAGAUCCUCUCAUCCACUUUCUAAUUGGUCCUCAGCCAAUUAAUUUUAGAGCUUAAAAACAUUAUUUUCUACCAUUUUUCAGUGUGAUGAUGUGAAGAAAUUCGUCUGCAGUUUUGUUACUGGACUGUGGCCGGUAUCUAUUUGAAUCCAACACUGACUGCUUUAAUAAUAGCUUAGAGCCAGAAAUAGUCAGCUGUAUUGUUGAAACAGUACAGACAUAACAGCAACAUGACAAUUUAGUAUAUUCUAUAUAAAGCAGUUUUGUAUUUCAGGAAUCAUAAUUAUUAAUUAUAUUUGGAAAUAUAUAUAUGGAAGUUUACUUAAGACAAAACUAUGUAAGGAGCAUUGAACAAAUUUGAGCAAUAAUAAAUCUGCAGGUCAUGAUUUUUAAGGAUGCAGAGACAGAUUUGUGAGCAAAGAAAAUGUUUAGAGCAAGUUUGCCUCAAGCUGUGUCUCUGCAUUUGAGUGAGAAGCUGCUUUCAAAGCUGCUCACCCAGAUUUGGUGUUUUGUUGACCUGGGAAAUCCACUGGAUUUGACCUGGAAGUGAAUUGUCAUCCUGUUAAACUGCCUCUUAUGUUAUGUCCAGUGUGUUCCCUCUGGCUUUUUUCUUUCGACGGUAUAAAAUUAUUUCAAGAGCAGAUGAGAGCUCCCCUUUCACCAAACUUUUUUGAGAUAUAUAAAUUUGUUGCUGCGCCCUCUCAGAACUUGACUAGAGAUUAAUUGAAGCUUCAUUUUUUUUGUGCUCACUCAGUAGUUUUAUUAAUAAUAUUAGUAAUUAAUAAUAGAAAUAGUUAACUGAGAAACUUGUUGGAGCAAGGGACUGGAAAAUACUUAUAUUUCUGUUGUUCUCUUAAAGGUUAUGUGCUCCAUGUCAUCUGUCAGUGUAAAUUAGUUGGUCACUUACUUUUAUAAAGUUACAAAAGUUCAUGUUGUUCUCAUGUUGUGGAUUCUCAGGUUAUGUUGUUGAGUUCAAAUGGAUUUUUCCCCAAAUGUUAAACAACCCUGCCUUUGAAUUAAAUAUAAAUUAUAUUAAAUUUAAGUGGGAGAGAUCCAUUUUAUUACGAAAUAUUUUCCCUACAUAUUUUAUUGCAAAACUCACUCCUAAUACUCCUGUCAUAUAAAAUACCUGUCAUAUUUGUUCAUUUUGAAUUAUUUGUGCUUACAAUUAAGGUAAAAUGUACCUUUUAGAUCUUUUAACAUCUGCAGAAACGAAUUUGAAAUUUUCAGCGUGCUACAGACAUUACUAUUUGUCAUAUUGAGUUUUCAAGUCCAUUUAUUUUGUCUUGGGGUAAAGCUUUGUGUUUUUUCUACUAUUGAAAGCAGAAGGCCUAUUGUAUAACCAAAAAAUAACCUAUUCUAAAAUAUUUUUGUGAUUUGUUUGCACUUUGUUGAAGAAAUAUUUGUAUAUAUAUGUAGUACCUAAUUAACUCUGUAAUACUGCAUAUCAUAUGACGAUCAAUCGCUUGUUUUGUUUUAAUGACGUUAUUUUUAGUUCAUCAUGUUUCCAGUUCUUAAAUGGAAAUAAAACGUUUC